UAUGAAAAGGCGAGCCGGGCCUUUAAUGGUUCCCAUCAAAACCACUAAAAACAUCAUCAGACCGUCCGACUUCCGUGAGGAUCCCUGUGGCGGACGCAUGCAGCCUCCUCCCAGCUGACACACUCAGACCAAAACAAACGCGCGGAGAGGCAUUUUGGGGUUUUCACCAAGCUCUUCAUCUCCCAAGAGAGAAGUUCGCUUUUGUUCAAGUUUUCCUAAGAUUUCAAGAGUCUUUUUCCUGCUCCGGGAUACUUUGGAAAAGGCGGCAGAAGUGGUCUGGCUCCUGAACACCACCAGUCCGCUCUGCGCCUUUAUUUACUCGCCUUUGCUGCUCCCACUACUUUAUUUCCAGUUUUUUGUCCGAGCGAGUUUGGCGGUUCAUGUUCACAAAUGUUAGCGGUCGGGCAGAUGGAGGCUAACCGGCAGAGUGCUUUCGUCCUGGGCAGCACCCCGCUGGCGGCGUUGCACAACAUGACCGAGAUGAAGACAUCCCUGUUCCCGUACGCGCUGCAGCAGAGCCCGGCGGGUUUCAAGGCGCCUCCGCUCUCGAACCUCAACUCUCAGCUCUCCGGGGGGACCCCGCACGGAAUAAGCGACAUCCUGGGGAGACCGAUUACCACUGCUGGGCAGCUGCUGUCCGGGUUUCCGCGGAUAAACGGGCUGGCGACCACCGCGGCCGCAGCAGCGGCGGGGAUGUACUUCAGCCCGGCGGUGUCGCGGUAUCCGAAGCCCCUGGCCGAGCUGCCGGGGAGGGCGCCCAUCUUCUGGCCCGGGGUGAUGCAGGGUUCUCCGUGGAGGGACCCUCGGGUUCCUUGUCCUACUCAGGCCAACAUAAUGGUGGACAAGGACGGCAAGAAGAAACACUCCAGACCGACGUUUUCAGGACAGCAAAUUUUUGCACUGGAAAAAACUUUCGAGCAGACGAAAUACCUGGCCGGCCCAGAGAGAGCCCGGCUGGCCUACUCUUUAGGAAUGACCGAGAGUCAAGUCAAGGUUUGGUUUCAGAACAGAAGAACCAAAUGGCGGAAGAGACACGCAGCAGAAAUGGCAUCGGCUAAGAAGAAGCACGAUUCCGAGACGGAGAAAAUGAAGGAGAGCUCGGAUAACGAGGAGGACGACGAGUACAACAAACCGCUGGACCCAAAUUCAGACGACGAGAAAAUCACGAGACUGUUGAAAAAGCACAAGGCCACCAACCUGGCGCUGAUCAGCCCUUGCAGUAACAGCUCGGACACCUUGUGAUGCCCACAGCUUGGGAGGGACCGGGGGGGGGGGGUCCCACAGAGACUUGUCGCACUCUUUCUGACCCCAUCUCCACCUGACAUUUCCAACAUGCAUCUUAAGGGAUCGCCUUUUUUUUUUUUCUCCCCCAGCCAGAGUUAGAAAAUGCGUAAAACUCCCAAGUGUGCGCCAAGUUGCACGGAAAACUGAAAGGUGGCCACGCAGAGACGCACGUGGUUGCAUCCAAACCCAUCCAGACCCUGUGUGCGGAGCUAUAACUCUGACUUCUGGACUUCAGAAAGACUCAUAAUGACACGUUUAUGUCAGCCGAAAAGACGCAAAUGUUGGGAAAGGAAUCCGCUCUGGAGACGCAAAUCAGUUUUUACGCAUACAAGCAGAGUUCUCCCAGGUGUAAAUGUAAACAAAAUAUUCUAAAAUCAUGAUCUGGAUCAGUCCUGAGCUCAAGGCGUUUGUGCCUACUUACUUUAGCCAUCCUCUCCUAUUCACUGCACUUGUUGCAUUAUUUUUUUUCCAAAAUUAGCAGCCGGUCACGUUAGCUCCUAAUGCGACCUUUAAAGGUUUUUAAUAAUUGGGGAUAUAAUUUCAGUAUUCAUAUUUUCAUCUGAAGAAAUUGCACCCUUUUUUUUUUUUAAACCAGCCCACACUGAUCCAGAUCCCAGACGCAUGUUUUGAAUGGCAGGUGCAAACGGGGCCUGUGACGCUUCUAAAGCUCAGUUUAACCAGGGUAUCCACUGUCCUAAAAGGCAACAGACUAAACUGUUUGAAGGGGGCAGGAUUGAGACGAGUGACUGAUUUGUGCUGUAGCCUGCAGAUGAACAUGUAUGUGAGAUUGUAUAUAUUUUUUACUGAAUAAGUUAUGUUGUUUUAAGCAGUGGCAGCAUUUCUUCCCUCUGCAGCCCCGACGCGCUCAUUCCUCCCUCCUGUUUUUCUUUUUUUUUUUUUCUUCCUGCAGAUUACGGUCACGUUUUAUUGAACUCUCCAUUUCAGUACCGACACACAUAUGUAUAGAUGCAAAAGGCUGUAAAUAAUCACUGUAAACAAACGAAACCAACAAACCCACAGCUUGUUUUUAACAUCGCUUUGCUUUGACAGAGUUUCUGUUUUACCUCCUCACGCAGCGGAACACAGAACUGGAGCAUCGUUUAAUUUGGAUCUAAAGAGAGUAUUAUAGCUUCCGGGAAGGUUAUAGGAAGAAAAAAAAACCCCUUUGUAUUAUGAAUAAAUUAUUUAACAAGCAUUUUUGUUUUAUUGUGGGUUUUGCUUUACUGUAUGGGCGCAAUAUAAAUU